CCGCCCCCCGAGGCCCCGCCCAGCCGCCAUGCGCCGCUCGGGGGCCGCGGGUUCGAGUCCGGCCGCGGCCGCGGGGCCUGGGCCGGUACCGGGGCCGGUACCGGGGCCGGGCCCGGGCCGGGGUCGGUUCCGGGCGCUGCCCCCGCGCCCCCCGCGCCCGCUGCUGGCGGGGCUGGCGCUGCUGGCGGCGCUGGCGCUGCUGCUGGCCAGCCGGGCCGGGGAGAGGAGCGGGGCCGCCCGCCCGGCCGCCCCCGGCCCCCCCUCGGACCGCGCCCUCCGGACCCUCCUGGCCCACCUGGACCCCGCCCGCCUCUGGGGGUCCCUCCUGCGGCCCCUCCUGCACGAGAGGGUCCCGGGGGGGCCCGGCAGCCGCGCGGCGCGCCAGCACAUCGUGUCACACCUGCGCUCGCUGGCCACGCCCUGGCACCUGGAGCUCGACACCUUCUCGGCGGCCACGCCCCGCGGGCAGGUGACCUUCAGCAGCGUGGUGGCCACGGCGGCGCCGGUGACGGCGCGGCGCCUGGCGCUGGCCUGCCACUACGACACCAAGGUGCUGCCCCCGGACACCUGGGGGGACACCUGGGGGGACGCACCUGGGGACACACCUGGGGACAGCGACGGGACCUUCGUGGGCGCCACCGACGCCGCCGUGCCCUGCGCGCUGCUGCUGGAGCUGGCCACGGCGCUGGAUGGACACCUGAGCAAGAGAGGAGAGCAGGACCCCCCCCUGACGCUGCAGCUGCUGUUCCUGGACGGGGAGGAGGCGUUCGGCACCUGGAGCGAGCGCGACUCGCUCUACGGGGCGCGGCACCUGGCGGGGGCCAUGGCACGGAGGGGACACCCCGCGGGGUCAGAGGUCACCGCCAUGAGCCUGCUGGUGCUGCUGGACCUGCUGGGCGCCCCCAGCCCCGCCAUCCACAGCCACUUCCAGAGCCACCGAUGGUUCCUGCGCCUGGCCGGCAUCGAGCAGCGCCUGCGCCGCCUGGCCCUGCUCCGCUCCCCCCCCAGCCGCCGUUCUUUCCGCCUCAGCCCCGCCCCGGGGCCCGUCGAGGACGACCACCUGCCCUUCCUGCGCCGAGGGGUCCCGGUGCUGCACGUGAUCCCGACGCCGUUCCCGCGGGUCUGGCACACGCCGGGGGACACCGAGGCCAACCUGGACCCCCCGACCGUGCACGACCUGGCCAAGGUGCUGCUGGUCUUCGUGGCCGAGUUCCUGCAGCUCUGAGCCCCCGAAAUCCCCGAAAACAGCCCCAAAAAAACACCAAAAAUGGAAAAACCCAAAAAUCCCCCAAAAAAUCCCCCCAAAAAAAUCCCCAAAAAUCUCUGGACCUGGCCAAGGUGCUGCUGGUCUUCGU